AUGGCAUCCGCCAAGGUCCCCUUUAUCCCGGACAACACCAAUGGCAGCGUCACCAAGCUGGACAUGCGCAUAGGCGGGCUGCUCGCCGAGCCCGCAACGGGCGCGGACGAGCCUUACGCCCCCGUCUUCCCUGUCGGAUUCUACACCUCCUUCGGCGGCUUCCUCGCAGACAACCUCACCGCGCCUCGACGAAAUCAAAGCCGCAGGGGCACACCGUCGUACACCACAUCCCGACAUUCGACAAUCUCACCGCCCUCGACGCCGUACGCGCAUGCAGGAGCUCGGGCUCUACCUCAUGUACGGGAUGCGCUGGACGUACAUGAACCUCACUGGCGUCACGGAUGGGGUGAACCGGAUCAAGAACAGACCGAACCGUACACCGGGGACGAGUCCGAUGGGUGGGAGGACCCGCUGAACGCGACGCAGCUCGCGUACGUCACGAUAUACGGCCUCGACUCGGGCUGCCACCCCGUCAGCCUCGUGCUCAGCUGCCAGGACUCCUACUUCACGGAGUACUCUGCCGGUGCAGACAUCGUGAUGCAGGAUAUGGGCACGGUCUGCACCCCAGACUACGGCGACUGCGGGUGCGAUAACUGUAAGGGCGCCUUCGAAGACAUCUCCGACUGGAUGACUUCGACUCUCGCCAGCAGAUCCUGGGCCGCGAACUCUCUCAGUCCGUCUGGACUGGUACCCCAAGCCUUCGGAAACGACACGUACUGGAAGCGGUACCCGACCGGAGCAGAGUACACCGUGUCCGCCGCGCUCACGAUCAACCACGGCGUCGUCGCGUGGGGUCAGCCCGCGCCGGACGACCUGCUCGCUGCCGCGUCCGCGCUUGCCGCCGCGCUCGAGCCCGCCAAGGCGUUCAUCCUCAGUCCCGAGGCGGAGUACGCGCAGAGCCCCACGGAUCGCGUCGACGUCGCGUCGUGGACGGUCGGCUCGCGAGCGUUGCUCCUCGUCACGAACCUCAACUACGAGGCGAAGACGGUGCCUAUUCCGGCGGCGCUCCGUGCGGCGGCGAGGGCUGGAUUGAAGCAGGUGUUGGAUACCGGGGCCAAGAUCGUGGGGGAGAACAUCGUGCUCGAGAGCGUAGGGACUGGCGCGUUCAUACUCGGUCGGUAG